AUGUUUAUUCGACUAUCUGAGCGAUAUAUAAAGGACAAAGCUAUCUCCUCGGGGGGAGGGAAGUUACGUAAGUUACAGAGAGUAACCGUAGAGGGCGGUGUAGGGUUCUGGGAAGCCUCUCAGCUGCCCCUAAUCCUACGAGGGUCCAAGUCCUCCAGUCUUGAUGGGACUGUCCUGCACGGCUGGUCAGAGAGCGAUGGUACUCACCAACAUCUACCGCCUCUUCUGGGAGGACAUCCCCGUCGAAGGGUUCCCGCCCGAGAAGAAGAAGAAGAAGGAGAGGAAGACUCAGCUUGCCUUCGAAGUGCGCGCCACACCGUCUCCUCCUCCUGGUCUAGGGGCGAGGAAGAAGUCGAUUAUCCUACCGGCUCUCGAAGAAGAGGAUGAUGCCGAACUUGUGGAGUUACUGUGCCAGAAGGUAAAGGGGUAAAUCAUAUUGGUCGUGUAGUAUAGCCGUCAUCUGUC